AAGCGAGAUUUUUUUGUAAAUUUGGAAAAUCGAGACCCCUACAUAUUUGGGAAACUAAAAAGCAUAUUUGGUCUUGCAAAGAAUUUCCUCCUUUAUGCCACACUUGAUCAAAUCAAAUGACUAAACAAGAUUUAUCGCCGGUUUGAACUAGUACUGCUAUCAACCAAGUGUCGUUUAGCUUACUGAAAUUGCGAACAUAGGCUGCUGGUUACUGUUAUUAAAACAUCGAAACAUUUUAGGAAACCACACUGUUUUUGGAAAUGACUGCCGUAGUUGAAGGUAAAGACGACCCACCCUGGAAUUUUGAGACUUAGCUACCGAAACAGCAUCCUUUCAAAAUAACGCUCUUCCAAUUUCACCAAAAGAGCAUAGUUAGCUUUCAUUUUACUUUACAUGGGAUAUUCUUGUUUAUGUUGCAAGUUUAAAGAGAUGCUGUGCAACCAAAAUAGUGAAAGCAGAAUUUAUCCACAGAAAUAUAACAUGACUUCAGUACUGAAAAGAACAACUGAGAUGCAAUCCUCCUGUAUAAAAUCUUUUCUUGCUGGUUCACUUAGUGGAACACUCUCGUGUGUUUUAUUUCAACCGUUAGACUUGUUGAAGACAAGGUUACAAAUGGCAUCACCAAUUUCUGUGUUGCAAAAGAAGAGCAGUCAAAGCAAUAUGAUUAGUAUCGUGUAUAAUGUUAUCCGUACUGAAAAAGUUCCUGGUUUGUGGAGAGGGGUUAUCCCUUCUUUGUACAGAACAGUUCCUGGUGUUGGAAUGUAUUUUAGCACACUAAACUUUUUGAAAAGUUUUUUCAGUCAUGAAACAACAUUCUACGAAAAUUUGGCGCUUGGUUUUACAUCAAGAGCAUUUGUUGGUGCGAUAUUGUUACCUGUUACUGUCAUCAAAUCCAGAUUUGAGAGUGGUCAGUUCAAUUACACAUCUGUUCCACAAGCUUUAAGAUUAAUUUGGCGUGUGGAAGGGCUGAGUGGCUUGUACAGUGGAUUCUCUGCUACCAUCGCAAGAGACGCACCCUUCUCGGGGUUGUAUUUGAUGUUUUACUCACAAGGAAAGAAAAUAGCUUCCCAAGGAUUUAUUGAUGAACCAGGUGUGAAAACCCACUUUUUAUGUGGUGUUGUAGCCGGCCUACUUGCUUCAGUUGUAUCUCACCCUGCAGAUGUUAUCAAGACACAAAUGCAACUUUACCCAUCACGCUACCAGAACACAAUCCAUUGCGCAAAAAUUAUUCACGCUGAGCACGGAACUAUUGGAUUUUUAAGGGCGUGUGCGCAAACUUUGACGAAAUAAGAGAUUGCAGUCAAAUGGAAACGAAUCUUAUAAAUGACGUACAGAGGAAUCUCUCUAUCUCACCUGCUCUCUAUCUCAAAAGUCUCGGUCCCUUUGUGGUCCGUCCAAGGUAUUUUCCUUUCUUCCUAGUUCCAGAUAGAGAGAUUCCACUGUAUUGUCAAAGGACGUUUAUGGUAAAUUAAGUGUCACGUGCUUUUAUUACUUUCAUUGGAAACCAACAACCUCGCCCUGCUAUCUCGAGUUCAAUAUAAAACCCACUCUAUAGCGCUUAUUCGCAUAGUUUUCUUAUGCAAUAUUCUUCGAAAAGCUAACGCUUACACCACAGGUGUCAAUGAACAGUUGCCAAUAUUUUUACUACGUGUUUUAUUUCUGUUAUAGUUAAGUACCUUCGUACUGUAUAUUCUAUGUAUAUUCGAGUAUAUGAAUAUUUUUAGGCGAUAUAAAUUCCAUAUAAA